GCGAUCGCGGGGAGAGAGAGCAGAACUGGAUUUCUAUCCCCACUCCCUGUGCUCUUUACAUGGCACCGUAGGAAAUCCUUAUGUUCCCUUUUGGAGAUCCCCCUCUCUCUCUCUCUGUUCGCUGCAAGAAGCCGUGGAAGGAAGAUGAAGAAAGUCAUUCCAUGUUAAAUGUUUCCUUAUAUUUAUUUAAUUGGUUCUAUAUUUAGCCUGUGUAUUGCUGGAUUGAAGGAGUGAGGGAAUCCCCCAGCGAUCAGUACAGCCGGAGAAGCCUGGGGAGAGGGAGGACAGGCCAUGCUGCUGCAAACUUGAGAGAGCUGUUCAUCCAGAGAGCUGACAUUGAGGAUGAUGAAACUAAGCCAACAGGGGUCCCCAGCAGAGAUGUCAGAGCCGGCACUGGACUUCUCCAAAGUGGAAAGUUUCUUGGACAAUCACCCAGAACUGUUUGAGGACUACUUGAUCAGGAAGGGCAAGCACCAAAUGUCGGAGAAGUGGUUGAGAAGGAACCAGUUGGCAAAAACGCCUUCCAGCUCCAGUGCUGAUGACAAGAGCAAAGACUGCUGGACCAACCGAGGGGAUGGCUUGCAGAGGAGGGCUUCUCAGAAAGAGCUGAGGAAAAGUUUUGCUAGGUCAAAGGCCAUCAAUGUUAACAGGACUUAUGAUGAACAUGUUAAUUCCAGAGCCCAGGAACCCCUGACCAGCAUGAGAAGGAGAGCUUUGCUGAGAAAGGCAAGCUCCCUCCCACCUACCACUGCACACAUUCUCAGUGCUCUUUUGGAAUCCAGGGUCAACAUCCCCCAGUACCCAUCAACUGCUAUUGACUACAUAUACUACUUAAAAGAGCACAACGAGAGAGCAUUUUUUCUAGAAUUGGUGAAGGAUAUCUCCAAUGAACUCAACCUCACCAGCCUAUGCUACAAAAUUCUGAUCUUUGUAUGCAUUAUGGUGGAUGCCGAUCGCUGCUCUCUUUUCUUGGUGGAAGGGACGGCUAACAAGAAGAGUUUGGUGUCCAAGUUUUUUGAUGUGCAUGCAGGGACCACUCUGCUGCCAUCAUGCAGUGUGGAGAACUCAAAUGAGGUUCAGGUGCCAUGGGGCAAAGGUAUUAUUGGGUAUGUAGCAGAGCAUGGAGAGACAGUUAACAUCCCUGAUGCUUACCAGGACAGGCGGUUCAGCGAUGAAAUAGACAAGCUGACUGGAUACAAGACCAAGUCUCUAUUGUGCAUGCCAAUUUGCAGCAGUGAUGGGGAGAUCAUAGGAGUUGCUCAGGCUAUAAACAAAACUCCUGGAGGUGCCCCGUUCAUCGAGGAUGAUGAAAAAGUAAUGCAGAUGUACCUGCCUUUCUGUGGUAUUGCAAUAUCUAAUGCUCAACUGUUUGCUGCUUCCAGAAAAGAAUAUGAUCGAAGCCGGGCUUUGCUGGAAGUGGUUAAUGACCUAUUUGAGGAACAGACAGAUCUGGAAAAGAUUGUUAAGAAAAUUAUGCAUCGGGCUCAGACCCUUCUAAAGUGUGAAAGCUGCUCUGUGUUGCUUCUGGAAGAUAUUGAGUCUCCGGUUGUCAAGUUCACAAAAUCUUUUGAACUACUUUCUCCAAAAUGCAGUGCGGAUACAGAGAACAGUUUCAAGGACAGUGUGGAGAAAUCAUCUUAUUCGGACUGGUUAGUAAAUAACAGCAUAGCCGAGCUAGUUGCCUCAACGGGUCUUCCAGUGAACAUCAGCGACGCAUAUCAGGACCCUCGCUUCGAUGUUGAAGCUGAUCAGUUUUCUGGGUUCCACAUCAGGUCAGUUUUAUGUGUCCCUAUAUGGAAUAGUAGCCAUCAAAUAAUAGGUGUAGCACAAGUGCUGAAUAGAAUAGAUGGGAAGCCUUUUGAUGAUGCAGAUCAAAGAUUAUUUGAAGCUUUUGUUAUCUUUUGUGGCCUUGGUAUUAACAAUACAAUAAUGUAUGAUCAAGUAAAGAAGUCAUGGGCAAAGCAAUCGGUGGCCCUAGAUGUACUUUCUUAUCAUGCAACCUGCUCAAAAGCUGAAGUUGAUAAAUUUAAGGCAGCCAACAUCCCUUUGGUGUCAGAACUUGCCAUCGCUGACAUUCAUUUUGAUGACUUCUCUCUUGAUGUUGAUGCCAUGAUUUCGGCCGCCCUGCGGAUGUUCAUGGAGCUGGGGAUGGUACAAAAAUUUAAAAUUGAUUAUGAGACCUUAUGCAGAUGGCUGCUAACAGUAAGGAAGAAUUAUCGCAUGGUCUUGUACCACAACUGGCGGCAUGCCUUUAAUGUGUGUCAGCUCAUGUUUGCUAUGUUAACUACAGCCGGGUUUCAAGAAGUUCUAUCAGAUACUGAAAUGCUGGCUUUGAUUGUGGGCUGCCUAUGUCAUGAUCUUGAUCACCGGGGAACCAAUAAUGCCUUCCAGGCCAAGAGUGGCUCAGCUUUGUCUCAGCUCUAUGGAACAUCGGCGACAUUGGAGCACCAUCAUUUUAAUCACGCUGUCAUGAUUCUUCAGAGCGAGGGGCACAACAUUUUUGCGAACUUGUCAUCACAGGAGUACAGUGACCUCAUGCAGCUGCUGAAGCAGUCUAUCCUGGCCACAGACAUCACUCUCCAUUUUGAAAGAAGAAAUGAGUUUUUUGAACUGGUCAAUAAAGGAGACUACAACUGGAAUGUUAAAAAUCACAGGGUUAUAUUCCGAUCCAUGUUAAUGACAGCAUGUGACCUUGGAGCUGCAACCAAGCCAUGGGAGAUUUCCAGACAGGUGGCUGAGUUGGUAACCAGUGAGUUCUUUGAACAAGGAGACCGUGAACGAUUAGAACUCAAACUGACACCUUCAGCCAUUUUUGACCGUAAUAGGAAAGAUGAGCUUCCUCGAUUACAGCUUGAAUGGAUUGAUAACAUUUGUUUUCCUCUCUAUGAGUCCCUAGUCAAGAUCAGUGGAAAGCUUAAGCCUAUGUUGGACUCUGUGACUACAAACAGAGGGAAGUGGGAAGAACUGCACCAAAAACAGUCCCAUGGAAAAUCUUCCUCCACCUCUUACCCUACUCCAGCUUCCUCCCCACAGCCAGCUAUAGAGUGUCUCUUAAAGACUUAAGCUUGCAAGUCAGCUGCUGCCAUGUAUAAGAAAUUACCUUAAAGGCUGUCAUCAGCUUAGCUGUUUAAUUAAGUUACUGCAGCCAUGCUUUUAUAGAUGGAGAAUAAUUCCCUUGGUCAUGGUUUGGCUUUCGCCUGGAAAUUCAGUCAACUAGAGCUUAAGGAAGAUGUAGCUGUGGUAACAAUGAAGCUGUAAAGAGGAGUCAUGAGGUAGACUUGGUGUCCAAGAGCACCUACUGUACUUCACCUGUUGAUGCUUUGCAACAUGUGCUACUUGUUGCUGGGCAAAGGAUGAAAUGCUGUUUUGAAGCUGAUGUUGAUGGACUACUGACUCGGCCCAAUUCAUACAGCACAGUUAUUACAAUGCACAAUGUUUUCAUUACAUUCAAUAUAAUUGCUCAGACUGAAUAAUGAAUAUUUUUAUUUAGUGUUUGAUUUUUUUUCCAUUUAAUUGUACAAAACGUUUGCCUGCCUGAUGUGGUGUUGUUUUUUUUUCCUCCUGUAAGUGCUUGCUUUAUGUUAAAAGGCUUCCAGUGAAUUCAGUUUGGCUCCAUUUGGCACCACCUAAAAUGAUAUCAGCGAAAUACUGCAAUGGUAGCUCAUUACCGCCCAAAGAGUAAAUACAAACUAUGCAGAAAAAUUCUACGACAUGCGAUAAAAAGCAUUAUUUUUUGUUCUACUGCUGUUUCAAUUUGGGGGCUUGAAGGUUCAUAGUGAAGGGAUAUUCCUUUCAAAAUUAGAAUCUCACCAUAGCACCAGUCUGAGCCCUUCUGUUCUUUGUUAUUCAUUGUAUAGGUGUAUUAAUCUUGAAUUUUCCCAAAUCGCUUCCAGAUGGAAAUUAUUGCAGAUGUAAUAACUGUUACAUGUCAACAACGGUUAAAUACUGAAGGGUCAGAGCAGCAUCAGACUAGACUUUUGACUACCUCCUUUUUUUCCUCCUAAUGGUUAUUUAUUGUAAAACUUGAUCUCUCAGACCCGAUGCAGCCAUGUUAACAAACAGGCCAAACAUCACAUUGAUGUAUAGCUAUUAAACCUUGUGUGUGUCAGGUCAACAGAGUUAAGUGUAUCCAGAUCUACAGCAGGUGACUCCAUGGCCAUUUUUCAUGAUCGUGAUUGUGAUUAUUUUAAAGGUUACCUACAAAGGAGGCUUCAAUUGCUUAAGCCUGAUGAUUUAUCACAUGUAUGCAAAACAGAGGCUUCCAUCAAAAAAGACUUAAAGCACAAUUACUAUAAACCUGCACAACAUUGCAUAGAUAGGCAUUUUUCACAACAAAUGAUCUUCUUGUAUUGUAGUUGCCCAGCAGAUAUGGGUCCCUAUGUAAACAAGACAAGAAUUGGCAAUUUCAAAAGGUUCUCAACAUGAGGGUACUCGGGUGAAGAGAAUCAUAAUGAACCCUAUUAAUAAAUCCAUCUUCUUCAGUCUGCCAGUUUUUUUUUUAGAAGUUUUGUGGAUAAAAACCAUGGCUGAAGUGAUAAAGAAUAGGAAAUAGUAGGAGGCUUAUGCUGUUGCUCAGACGCUUAAACCUAUUUUAUACAAGGCACAGAAGAUGUCUCUGUUAAUCCAUUUCAGUUGGAUUUGGAUUUGCACACAGUUGCCUGCAAUAGCAUUGCACUUUGAUUUUGCACUGGAGUUGUGACAAAGUCAGGCAGCAAUGAUAGCAGUGAUAGUAAUUGGUGUAACCCAUUUUCUUACCCUACAGUAUCUUGGCUCCUUUUUGUGGGUUAAUCUGUUGACUAAUGUUUUAACUAUAAAAAGUCUACCCACACUCUUCUUCCAUUAUUCAAUGUUGGGUGCUUGGUCAAAGAAGUAUUAUGUAGAAUUCAAAAUGGACAAGCACUGUAAUAAUUUUCAUCCUUGAUAACGGCCCCAAUGAGGGUGAAACAUUGGUUACACGAGUGAUGACUCAAUAAACACAUUUGUUUGAAGAUUAUUGGAGUACUGGUCCAUUUUGAAUCAUAUAUAUAUAUAUAUACUGUAUAUAUAUAUAUAUAGAUAUAGUUCAAAGCUGGUGCACCAGUCACUAAAUGGUAAUGCCUGGGUGCUGGUUAUAAUCAGUAAUCUAUACGCAAAAAAGAACCGCACACACAGGUCUUUUAGUGAAAACCAAAAAUUGUUCCUGAUGACGACUCGAGUCUAGGAGCCGAAAUGUCGUAAUAAAGCCAACAAUUUUUGUUUUUCACUAAAAGACCUGUGUGUGCGGUUCUUUUUUGCGUAUAUAUAUAUAGAUAUAUAUAUAUAUAUAUACGUUAAUAUCACUUGGCAAAUGCCUGCAGGGGGAGUAUGGGAGGGCCAGACAUACAGGAAACAUUCUGAAUGUUUAACCUAUUGUCCUAGAGCUGUAGUUCAACUACAACCCAGAUAGAUGCCCUGGCAACCCCAAAUUAUGAUUUGCCAAAAAUGUCAUUAGUCGUAAAUGGAGGCCUUUAUACUAGACUUGGCUUUUCGAUAUGGUGGAAUGCUGUAAACUCAUAACAAUAAAGCAGAUAUCUGUAAAAUAAAAGUACAGUACAUAAAGUUAUGUGUUUUAUGUUCUUAAAAAUAGUCACAUGGAGCCACUAAGACUAAACAUACAGUACGAAGGCACUGGAAACCCCUCAUAUAAACAAUUUUCUAUAUAAAAUGACAGAAAAAGCAGAUGAUCCAGUGGAGACAAGUAGGUGGCAAUGCUGGUAUCAUGAAACUGUUGGAUAAUUAUAACUCCGUUUCCUACUGUCUCCCUGUUAGUAACUGUGCUCAAUCAUUCCCAGGUAACCUAUUAAAAGAGUCAAAAAUGUUAGAAUACUAGCCAAUAAAACCUAGCAACUUUAAAAAAAAAAAUGCUUUCUUCACAUCUCAGGUACCCAUUCGGUUGUUGCUAAGAUUCUUAAGUCUUCUGCUCUUUUGUAUCAUUAAUACUCUUCCCUACUUGCUGUGCACUUCUUUUGUAUGGACAUGCACUCUGUGUUUAUUAAGGUUACCAGUUUUUAGAAAUCACAUACUGCAACCAGCAGUGCCUAGUUAAUUACGAAAUAUAGCUGUCUAUCACAAGUAUUGUGAUUUCAAUUUAUUGCUUCUGCCCCAUAACAUGGUAUUUCUUGAAUAAUUUUUAAUGAUGAUAAAGUUAAUUGCAAAGCUUAUUUUAAUUAUUAUUCCGCAUUCAGAACAUCGACAUGACUGCACCCCACAAAUAGUGCAUAUAGAUCGUAGAUAAACUUGUCAGCAACAAAUCGUCCUCUUUUUUAAGUGUUAAGCCAGCUUCAAGAGGUCAGAGGUUUAUUUUAGUGAUACACUAUUGAAUUCGAUUGUCCUCGAUACAUGCUUGUGCUGCUUGGGUUAACCUUUCUUUUUAUUCUUUUUUUUUUUUUUGCUUCUUAGUUUGGUUUAUGACCCUUAGAGAUUCAGUUUACAUGUCUGUUCCUGUCUGCAUGUUGCACAUUGCAUCUUAUACUUCUGUAACAAAUAGAGUUGUAGCCUUUGUUGAUGAGUAUAUGAACAUGUGCAUCUGUGUGUAUAUUUCUAUUCUGUAUACACAUGCACAACAUGCAUUCGCACAUAUGAAACCUGCACUUAUUUUUCUGUGUAACAUGAGUUCCAGGUCACUGUAUGGUCGUCAUUCCUAGGCCUGUCAUGUCAGUGUGUUUGUUUCCUUUCUGUAGGUUCAGUCAGCUGCCAUUUCUGUUCAGUUGUACUUUGUUCUAUUCAGUCUUGGUUUUGAUCAGCAUGUUUUUGGAAAUGACCUAGGUAUGCCCUUUUCUUUUUCUCACAGAAAUAAAGAAGAACCAUUCUUCACUGUA